AUGGCUGAUUCCGAACAAAGCAGCCUAUGGGGCAAUGUCAUAAUGCAAACCAAGGAGGCUCAAGAAAAGGGUAGUGAUCCUUUGCUCUGGUCAGUGCAAGUCUCGUCGAUUUUGAGUUCGGCAGGGGUGUCCCUGCCCUCAAUAGAGCUCGCUAAUGUGAUGGUCUCGUACAUGUGUUGGGAAAACAAUGUCCCCAAUUUGUGGAAGUUUCUCGAAAAGGCCAUGGUAUACAACAUGGUGCCGUCUAUGCUUGUUCUUGCUCUGCUUUCAUCCAGGGUUGUUCCGAGUCGACGAUUCCAGCCUGCAGCUUAUAGACUUUACAUGGAGCUCCUAAAGAGACAUGUUUUCUCACUCAGAUCUCAGAUACAUUGUCCUAAUUAUCAAAUGGUUAUGAAAUCCAUAGAUGCUAUACUUGAUUUGUCUCAGAUUUUUGGUCUUCAAACCAGUGAUGCUGGGACUAUUGUGGUUGGGUUCAUCUUCUCAACUGUGUGGCAGUUGAUUGAUGCAUCAUUAGAUGAUGAGGGGUUGCUGGAACAUAAUGAUCCAGAAAAGAAGUCUAGAUGGGUAAUUAGACCCCAAGAAAUGGAGAUAGACGGUUGCGAGAUGGGAAAUGAACACUAUGAGAGAUUGCAGAAUCAGAAUACAAUGAUGGCUAUUGAGUUGAUCACACAAUUUUUGCAAAACAAGUUGACUUCCAAGAUUCUAAACUUGGCAAAACAAAACAUGUCUACACACUGGGAGGCGUUUAUAGAGCAAUUACAGCUGCUUGCAGAAAAUUCAUCAGCAUUGAAAAACACCGAAGUUACUUGUCCUGAGGCACUUCUGCAGCUGGCUUCUGAUAUUUGCACAGAAUCAACUAAAUACAAACUACAUUCACGUAGAGUGCAAAAAUGCCAUGAGAUGAGGGAUUCUUCUGUUGGACUAUGCCAUGGAACCAGUCGCUCUACCAUAUGGCUUCCACUUGAUCUGGUACUGGAAGAUGCCUUGUCUCUUACAAGGGUCAUUAAUGCGACAAGUCUAAUUGAUAUUCUCACUGAUUUGAUCAAGAUUCUUCAAGCGAUUAAUUGUGCAACUUGGCAUGACACCUUUUUGAACCUAUGGAUUGCAGCACUUCGUCUUGUCCAAAGGGUUAGUGUCUUAUUGUUUGACCAUGAUAUUGAAAGGAACCCUAUCGAUUCCCCUAUGCCUGACCAUGAUUCGCGCAUGAGCAUGUUGCUGUCUAUCACUACACUUGUGGUUGCCAAUCUUAUUGAAGAAGAUGAAAGUGCAAAAGUAGAUAGGUUUACCAUUAAACAGGAGAAACAAAAGGGUACAGGGAAGUCUCGGCAUGAUUUAGCAUCCAGCUUACAAAUGUUGGGAAACUUUAUAGGACUGCUGGCUCCCCCUCGUUCUGCAAUUUCCAAAGCCAAUAACGCUGCUGCAAAAGCAAUGUCCUUUAUUUCAGGGACUAGUGUUGACAGUGCAUAUUUGGAUCAUAUCAGCAUGGACAACAUAUCUGUAGACUACUCAGGAAACUUGCGUCAUCUGAUUGUUGAGGCUUGUAUAGCAAGAAACCUACUAGACACUUCAGCAUAUUUCUGGCCAGGCUAUGUUAAAGGAUGCAUCACUGAAUUACCUUCUAACGUACCUUCCCAAGUGCCUAGUUGGUCAUCAUUAAUGCAGGGGGCACCGCUUACACCACUAAUGACCAAGGCAUUGCUUUCAACUCCUGCAUCAAGCUUAACAGAGCUUGAGAAGAUAUUCGAGAUAGCUGUCAACGGAUCAGACUGUGAAAAGAUAUCAGCCGCUAGCAUCCUUUGUGGAGCUUCCCUCAGUCAAGGUUGGAAUGUACAGGUUCCUCAACUGGCAUGCUCAUUAAUGGCAAUCUGUGAGAUUUUUGGGUCAUGUGUACCCGGUAGCUCAGGAAGUCAGACAACAGAAACUGAAACUUCUGCCCAUACUGUGUUUUCUAAUGGAUUUACUCUUUUCUUAAAAUUGUGGAGAUUUGAUCGUUGCUUUGGAGCUAGACCAGCAGAUAUACCAACAGUUGGAUCCAAUCUUACUCUUGAAUACCUUCUACUACUACGAAACUCCCACCUCACAUCAUCUGGAAAUGUCUCCAAGGAUUGUAAUAAAAGGAGGCUAGCAUCAGUUGCAAGCUUAUCAUCUGCACACCCCAUCUACCUUGAUUCAUUUCCAAACUUGAAAGCCUGGUACAGUCAGCACAAUGCAUGCAUAUCUUCGACCCUCUCUGGAGUUGCCCAUGGAACCCCGGUUCCUCACCAUGUUGAUGAGCUUUUCAACUUUAUGUUCAAAGAGAAGGAAGGAGGAAGACAGUCUUUAGAUUCUAAUACUACAGGAAGCUGUAGUCCAUUUGGAGCAGAUGAAUCAUCUUACUUAAGUAAACUGCCUGCUUGGGAGAUUCUAGCGGCUGUUCACUAUGUUGUUCAUGCUGCUUUAACAGCAUGCGACAAUGGAAGACUCUCUCCGCGGAAACUGGCUAUGGGGCUCAAAGUCUUGGUUGAUUUUCUUCCUGCAUCUUUGGGAACCAUUGUGAGCUACUUGACAGCUGAAGUAACCAGGGGUACUUGGAAACCAGCUUCAAUGAAUGGAACAGAUUGGCCCUGCCCUGAUGCAAAUUUGACAUACAUUGAGGAACAGAUCAAGACAAUUGUAGCUGCUGCUGCUGUUGACGUCUCAAGCAGUAGUUCUUCAGAAACAUGUCAAGCUACACUGCCAUUGCCCCUGGCUGCCUUAGUGUGCCUGACUAUAGCGUAUAAAACUGAUAGAGAUUCAAGAAGGUAUCUCGAUUUGCCUUCACAGGUAUUGGCCUCCAUCGCAGCAGGAUGCCCGUGGCCUUGCACGCCAAUUGUGUAUUCACUGUGGAGCCAGAAAGCAAAGCGUUGGAGUGGAUUCUUUGUCUUUUCUUCAUCUCGCACUGUCUUCCUCCAAAACCAACAGGCUUUUGCCCAGCUUCUUAGAAGAUGCUUCACUGCCACACUUGGGCUGCAUUCCAAUCCUCUCUCACACAAUGGAGGUAUUGGAGCUCUUCUUGGCCAUGGGAUCGCAUCUCAUGCUCAGGACGACAAUGUUUCUCCUGUUUCCCCCGGGAUUCUUUACAUGCAUGUUUAUCCACAUUUAUCUGACGUUUUCUUCUUGAACAAAGAGAUUGUUUCCCUCUUGAUAGAAUGUGUAAGAGAGAUAACAAGAAAGAAGACAGCCAAGAAUGUAAGGAUACAGGAACAGUUUGAAAUGGCUUCUAACUUGACACAGGGUAAGCUAGUGGCUUCCCUUGCAGCAUCUUUAGUAUGGUCAUCCGGAGGCUUAGGUCUGGUGCAGUCACUGUUCGAAGAGUUCUUACCAUCGUGGUUUGUAUCCGAACACAGCUCCAGGCAAGAAGGAGAAUCAACUCAAGCUGCAUGGCUAAAAGGAUAUGCGGUUUCAUAUUUUGCAUCUUUGUGUGGAGCUUUCGUUUGGGGUAUUGACUCAUCAUCAUGGGGAUCCAAGCGUCGUCGAAAGAUUCUUGGAACACACAUGGAAUUUCUUGUAGCUGUACUAAAAGGGCAGAUGAUGCUGCGUUGUGAUGAGAUCACUUGGAGUGCCUAUGUGUUGGGGUUCAUAAGCUUGAUGGUAAUUUGCAUGCCAACUUGGGUGUUGGAGGUGGAUGUACACGUCUGGAAGAUAAUCAGUAAGAAGCUGGGUGAGUGGAAUGAGAUGGAGCUUGCUAUGGAAUUGCUGGGGAUUGGUGGUCUUGAUUUCAUGGGUGCUGCUGUAGAAAUGAUCAUCGAAUGCGACCCAUAA